UGGGGUACUUCAACCAUUUCCCUUCCUUUUAGCAAUCCCAUUGGCUUGUUCGGUUCGUUCGAUUGGGAGAGGUGGGCAGCCUUCAAAGGCUAAGAAUCUUCAGUUUUAGCGGCUAUUCUGGAGAAUCCGCCGAAUGGCGGUGUUUCUUCCUUUCAUGGCGCCCAUGGCGCCUGUUUCCUCUAAAUCGCUCUGCGCCGCCUAUCCGAUAAGUUUGCUAAAUUUAGGGAGUUUUACGCCACGCUCUCUCUCUCUAUCUAAAAUGAAGACACUGACUUCAACUGAAGAACGCGUCUAUGUUAAAGAUUUGAGGGUUCCAAACGAUUGGAUGCUUCCCACUAAUGCUAUCCAGGAAUCUGAGUGGCUAAGACUGACUCUGCACAAGUGGCUGGAUGACGAGUAUUGCCCAGAGGCUGCUAAUGAAGAAAUCAGUAAGCGGGCUUCUAAAUCCUACCACGAAUCUCUGAUGGAAAAGCACUCGGACAUUGGGGAGAUACUCUUGAAGAUGGCAAACGAUUUGCAAUCUCUCUCGUUCAAGGAAAGUUUCCAUGGUGCCUUCUCAGCUGCCAAUGCAGCUAUCCAUCUCAUAACUGAAAGAAUACAUUCACAAAGUAAGUAGAACUUCCUCUUCUUUCCUCUCUCUCAGGAUGAUGAAGUUUAUGUGGGGUUUUCUGUAUUGGUAACUUGUUUUUCACAUAAUGUAUAUACUUGUGAUGUUAGUUGAUUGAUGUGCAUGGAAGGAUGAAACCUUAAGAUUAAUUUGUGCAAAACUAGGAAACGAGGUUAUUUGGGUCAA